AUGCGUCAGCUUUCUGUGAUUCCACCUAUGAUGUUUGAUGCAGAACAAAGAAGGGUCAAGUUUAUCAACAUGAAUGGACUAAUGGAGGAUCCAAUGAAAGUUUAUAAAGACAGGCAGUUUAUGAAUGUUUGGACUGACCAUGAAAAGGAGAUCUUUAAGGACAAAGAAACAACCAAGGAAAAGGACCGAACAGAAGCCACAGCAGAAGAAACUGAGGAAAGAGAGCAGGUCACUCCAAGGGGGCGAAAGACUGCUAACAGCCAAGGGCGCAGGAAGGGCCGGAUCACCAGGUCCAUGACGAGUGAAGCUGCAGCUGCCAGUGCUGCUGCUGCCGCCACUGAGGAGCCCCCGCCACCCCUGCCACCACCACCAGAACCCAUUUCUACUGAACCUGUUGAGACUUCAAGAUGGACGGAAGAAGAAAUGGAAGUUGCUAAAAAAGGCCUCGUAGAACAUGGUCGUAACUGGGCAGCCAUUGCCAAAAUGGUGGGAACUAAAAGUGAAGCCCAGUGUAAAAACUUCUAUUUUAACUAUAAAAGACGGCAUAAUCUUGACAACCUAUUGCAGCAACAUAAACAGAAAGCUUCACGAAAACCCCGUGAGGAGCGAGAUGUGUCUCAGUGUGAAAGUGUUGCUUCCACUGUUUCUGCCCAAGAGGAUGACGAUAUUGAAGCUUCAAAUGAAGAGGAAAAUCCAGAAGAUAGUGAAGGUGCUGAAAAUAGUUCUGAUACAGAAAGUGCUCCCUCUCCUUCACCAGUUGAAGCUGCCAAGGCCAGUGAAGACAGCAGUGAAAAUGCUGCUUCUCGAGGAAACACCGAACCUGUGGCUGAGCUUGAGGCCACCACUGACCCUGCACCCUGUGCAUCUCCCUCUUCAGCAGUUCCAACCACAAAACCAGCAGAAAGUGAAAGCGUGGAGGCCCAGGUGACUGACAGCGCCAGUGCGGAGACCGCAGAGCCGAUGGAUGUAGACCAUGAGGAGUGCGGUGCCGAGGGCAGUUCUGUUCUUGAUCCACCAGCCCCUACCAAAGCUGACUCCGUGGACCCAGAAAUGCAGGUACCAGAAAAUACUGCGUCUAAAGGUGAAGGGGAUGCCAAGGACAGAGACUUGGAGAGCACCAGUGAGAAGACAGAGGCUAGAGAUGAAGAUGUGGUAGUGGCUGAGCAGAUCCAGAGGCCUGAACUACAGUCAGACAACGACUCCAGUGCCACAUGCAGUGCAGAUGAGGAUGUAGAAGGAGAGCCAGAGAGGCAGAGAGUAUUUCCCAUGGAUGCAAAGCCUUCAUUGUUAAAUCCUCCUGGAUCUAUACUAAUCUCAUCCCCUAUUAAACCAAACCCAUUGGAUCUGCCACAGCUUCAGCAUCGAGCUGCUGUUAUUCCACCAAUGGUUUCUUGCACCCCAUGUAAUAUACCAAUCGGAACGCCUGUAAGUGGCUAUGCUCUUUACCAACGGCACAUUAAGGCCAUGCAUGAAUCAGCACUCCUGGAGGAACAGCGGCAGAGGCAAGAACAGAUAGACUUGGAAUGCAGAAGCUCUACAAGCCCGUGUGGCACUUCUAAGAGUCCAAACAGGGAGUGGGAAGGAGAAUCAGUCGCCUAUGUGCCUUAUGCUGAGGUCAGACGUGCUCUAGAACAGGAAGCGCAGAUGCACAGUACCGCAGCGAGGUCAGCCUCACCCUGUAGGCUCUCUCCAAGAGAAGUCAGUAAAGCCGCCUCACAACCCGAUAUGAGUGCAGCCCGCUGUAGUGUCCCUCCAGUCCUUCAACCUGCUCCACAUCAAGUGAUAACUAGCCUUCCUGAAGGGGUUCGGCUUCCAACAACACGACCAACCAGACCACCACCUCCCCUCAUCCCAUCGUCUAAAACCACGGUGGCAUCAGAGAAACCAUCCUUUAUAAUGGGGGGGUCCAUCUCACAGGGAACUCCUGGCACUUACUUGUCUUCUCAUAAUCAGGCUUAUACUCAAGAAGCAGCUAAGCCCUCGGUAGGGUCUAUCUCUCUUGGAUUGCCACGGCAGCAGGAAUCUAACAAAUCAGCUCCUUUGACCUACAUCAAGCAGGAAGAAUUUUCUCCAAGAAGCCAAAACUCACAACCUGAGGGUUUAUUGGUCAGAGCGCAGCAUGAAGGUGUGGUCAGAGGCACUGCAGGGGCUGUCCAAGAAGGAAGUAUAACUCGGGGAACUCCAGCCAGCAAAAUCUCAGUGGAGACCAUUUCGUCGUUGCGGGGCUCUAUUACCCAGGGGACCCCAGCUCUGCCCCCGGCUAGCAUACCAACAGAGGCUUUGGUGAAGGGACCUGUUUCCAGGAUGCCUAUUGAAGAAAGCAGUCCUGAGAAAAUCAGAGAGGAAGCUACAUCCAAAGGCCAUGUUAUUUAUGAAGGCAAAAGUGGACAUAUCUUAUCAUAUGAUAAUAUUAAGAAUGCCCGAGAAGGGACUCGGAGUCCAAGAACAGCUCAUGAAAUGAGUUUAAAAAGAAGCUAUGAGUCAGUGGAAGGAAAUAUAAAGCAAGGCAUGUCGAUGAGGGAGUCUCCUGUGUCAGCACCUUUAGAGGGCACACCAAGAGCAACAGCUGAAAGCUUUGAAGACGGCCUUAAAUACCCCAAACAGAUAAAAAGGGAAAGCCCUCCCAUCCGAGCAUUUGAAGGUGCCAUUACCAAAGGAAAACCGUAUGACGGUAUCACCACCAUCAAAGAGAUGGGGCGCUCCAUUCACGAGAUUCCACGGCAAGAUAUUCUAACUCAGGAAAGCCGGAAAACUCCAGACGUAGUCCAGAGCACGAGGCCAAUAAUUGAGGGUUCCAUUUCCCAGGGCACACCAAUAAAAUUUGACAACAACUCAGGUCAAUCAGCUAUCAAACACAAUGUGAAGUCCUUAAUCACAGGGCCUAGCAAACUACCCCGUGGAAUGCUGGAAAUUGUACCAGAGAACAUAAAAGUAGUAGAACGGGGAAAAUAUGAGGAUGUGAAAGCAGGAGAGCCAGUGCGACCCCGGCACACGUCAGUGGUGAGCUCUGGCCCCUCCGUUCUCAGGUCUACGCUUCAUGAAGCUCCCAAAGCACAGUUGAGCCCGGGAAUCUAUGAUGACAGCAGUGCUCGCAGGACUCCUGUGAGCUACCAGAACACCAUAUCCAGAGGCUCCCCCAUGAUGAGCAGAACUUCUGAUGUUUCUUCCAGCAAGUCUACCAGCCAUGAAAGGAAAUCGACUCUGACCCCAACCCAAAGAGAAAGUAUAACAGCCAAGUCUCCAGUGCCCGGGGUGGAUCCCGUCGUGAGUCACAGCCCAUUUGAUCCCCAUCAUAGGAGUAGCGCUGCAGGAGAGGUUUAUCGGAGCCACCUUCCCACGCACUUGGAUCCAGCCAUGCCCUUUCACAGGGCUUUGGAUCCUGCAGCUGCUGCUUACCUGUUUCAGAGACAGCUUUCACCAACCCCAGGAUACCCAAGUCAGUACCAGCUCUAUGCAAUGGAGAACACAAGACAGACAAUCCUAAAUGACUACAUUACCUCACAGCAGAUGCAAGUGAACCUACGCCCUGAUGUCACCAGGGGACUGUCCCCACGAGAGCAGCCACUGGGUCUUCCGUAUCCAGCUACAAGAGGAAUCAUUGACCUGACCAAUAUGCCUCCAACAAUUUUAGUGCCUCAUGCAGGGGGAACAAGCACCCCUCCCAUGGACAGAAUCACAUAUAUUCCUGGUACCCAGAUUACUUUCCCUCCCAGGCCAUAUAACGCUGCUGCUUUGUCUCCAGGACACCCAACACACCUUGCAGCAGCUGCGAGUGCUGAGAGGGAGCGAGAGCGGGAAAGGGAGAAGGAGCGAGAGCGCGAGCGAGAACGUGAGCGUGAGCGAGAAAGGAUCACUGCUGCUCCCGCUGACCUCUACCUAAGACCAGGUUCAGAACAGCCAGGCCGUCCUGGCAGCCACGGAUAUGUUCGCUCCCCUUCCCCUUCAGUAAGAACUCAGGAGACCAUGUUGCAACAGAGACCCAGUGUUUUCCAGGGAACCAAUGGAACCAGUGUAAUCACACCUUUGGAUCCAACUGCUCAGCUACGAAUCAUGCCACUGCCUUCUGGGGGCCCUUCGAUAAGUCAAGGCCUGCCAGCCUCCCGUUACAACACUGCUGCGGAUGCCCUGGCUGCUCUUGUGGAUGCUGCAGCUUCUGCACCCCAGAUGGAUGUUUCCAAAACAAAAGAGAGUAAGCAUGAAGCUGCCAGGUUAGAAGAAAAUUUGAGAAGCAGGUCAGCAGCAGUUAGUGAACAGCAGCAGCUAGAGCAGAAAAACCUGGAGGUGGAGAAGAGAUCUGUUCAGUGUGUGUGCACUUCUUCAGCCCUUCCAAGUGGCAAGCCCCAGCCUCAUGCCUCAGUAGUGUAUUCUGAGGCUGGGAAAGAUAAAGGGCCUCCUCCAAAAUCCAGAUAUGAGGAAGAGCUAAGGACCCGAGGGAAGACUACCAUUACUGCAGCUAACUUCAUAGACGUGAUCAUCACCCGGCAAAUUGCCUCGGACAAGGAUGCGAGGGAACGUGGCUCUCAAAGUUCAGACUCUUCUAGUAGCUAUGAGUCCACUCGACAGUAUGAAGGACCACUGCAUCAUUAUCGGUCCCAGCAGGAGCCACCCUCUCCACAACAGCAGCCACCACUGCCCCCAUCUUCCCAGUCAGAGGGAAUGGGACAGGUGCCUAGGACCCAUCGGCUGAUCACACUUGCUGACCACAUCUGUCAAAUUAUCACACAAGAUUUUGCUAGAAAUCAAGUUCCCUCGCAGCCUUCUACUUCUACAUUCCAAACUUCACCAUCUGCUUUGCCAUCCACACCCGUGAGAACUAAAACAUCAAGUCGCUACAGCCCAGAAUCCCAGUCUCAGACUGUCUUGCAUCCCAGACCAGGUCCUAGAGUCUCUCCAGAAAAUCUUGUGGAUAAAUCCCGGGGAAGGAGUGAUUCUCGAUCCCCAGGAAGUAUAAGCUACUUGCCUUCAUUCUUCACCAAGCUUGAAAGCACAUCACCCAUGGUUAAAUCAAAGAAGCAGGAAAUUUUUCGUAAGUUGAACUCCUCUGGUGGAGGUGACUCUGAUAUGGGUGCAGUAAGCUCAAGAAGCCAUUCUUUUGCUGAUCCUGCCAGUAAUCUUGGUCUAGAAGACAUCAUCAGAAAGGCUCUCAUGGGAAGUUUCGAUGAUAAAGUUGAAGAUCAUGGUGUUGUCAUGCCCCAUCCUGUGGGCAUUGUGCCUGGUAGUGCCAGCACCUCAGUUGUGACUAGCAGUGAGACACGGAGAGAUGAAGGGGACCCAUCACCUCAUUCAGGUUCUACUCAGUUCCCUUACAACCCUUUGACCAUACGGAUGCUUAGCAGUACACCACCCACACCGAUUGCAUGUGCCCCAUCUGCCAUCGCCCAAGCAGCUCCACAUCAACAGAACCGUAUCUGGGAGCGGGAACCUGCCCCGCUCCUCUCAGCACAGUUGGGUUCAUCUAAGAACCAGUCAGCCUAG